AGGCACGUAUCGAAAUGUCAAAAGCAUUUAUUUAGCCGGAAAAUCUAAAGAACGGCUACAGUCUAUCCCCGCCCCGCUCCUCUUUUUCCAGUUAAGCUCGACUAUCCGAAUAUUCGGCAGUUUCUGAGUAUGCAGUAUGCAGAAAGUAAUGAUCAUAUAUACACAAGCAGAGGAUGUUUGCCUAGUAGUACUUUAUGGCCUUCUUGUCAAAAAUUGCCUACUUUUGCUCAUUCUGAUGGUGAGGAAACAGCUUUUUGUUCAGUUGCACAGGAAAGCUUAAACCAUAGUAAUAGUGAUAAUGGACAACAUAUGAUUCCUGGUGGGAUAGGAAAUCGAAUUGGUGUAACAUAUAUAAUUCGUGAUGGUUUGGCCGAAAUGUAUAUAUUUUUUAAUGGCAGUGUUUAUGGACCAUGUGCAACAGAAAUUCCGCUUAAUGGAGAUCCAAUAUAUGCUGUUGUAGAUUUGUAUGGUACCACAAAGAAAGUUCGCAUUGUACAGAUCUAUACUGUUCCUUCUCUGCAAAUUGUGUGCAGAGAUAAAAUUCGUCAGCAGAUGUCACGCUCACAGGUCUUCCAUCUGCCCCUGCCUCAAAAACUGAAAGAUUUCAUAUAUUAUAAUUCAUAAGAAGAAAAUUUGAUUUGAAUGACUUCAUAUUGGAUAUCUCUAGAUGCAUGGCAUGAAAGUAUUUCUUCUCAGCUGUGUUAAUCAGAAAAUAAGUUAAAUAAUAGUUUUUCAUUUAAUGUUUCAGAAUUUCUGUUUUUUUUUUUUUUUUUUUUUUUUUAAAUACAUGGUCAUCAUUGUUCAUCUGGUGUGUUCAAAGCAUUGAUUUAGUGCUGUUUAAAAUUUUUGUUGUAAUGGGGUAAAAAUAGCAGAAUAUCUGAGCCAAGAAGUGUAAGCAAUACUAUGCAAAAAAGUUCUUGUUUUGACUCACUUUUUCAUGUCUGUUAAUGUUGAACCUGUUCUAGUUAAAGUUUGUCUCAUCUUUUAAUUUUGUUCUGAAUGGCUUUUUUGUGACAUGUAAUAAAUUUUGUAUCAUAUUGUUUGAUAUAAUAUUUUAUUAUUAUUAGCAUCAGAUGCAUUUUUCUUUCAUGAAACAUGAUUUUGUGAAAUUUAGAUAUUUAAUUCAAUGUAAAUUAUUUGAACUUUUAUGUUAACUUAUUCUGUUUAAAUCAAUCAGAUUUAAUUAUGUAUAUUUAAUGUAUGGUUAUAAUGAAAGUUUUCCGCUAAAAAAAGUUCUUAAUAAAGUUGGGGGAAAAAUUGUGAAAACAGUAUCUUUAAUGCAUAUAGCAAUCACAACCCAAAUCUAGGUGUUUCUGCCAACGUUUUGGUAGUUUUUCAAAACCUUCAGCCCAGAAACUUGGUGGCCGUAAGUCCAAAAACAGAUCAACCUCAAUUAGAAUGCCAUGUGCAGGAUGGAAGAUAACACCAGCAAGAUGUAGCUGCAGGUGUGAAAAAAGCUAGAAGUCCAAAGGAAUUAUGUUGGGGCUGUAUGGUUGAUGUGAGAAAAGAUCCCAUACAGAGUCCAGCCAGUGAAUUCAGACACGUGUCAUGCAUUAUCUUAAUGAACAUUACCUUUUUACGCUGGAACUCAGUUCAGCAUUUUUCCUAGAUAGCAGCAUCAACACAGACUAGCAUCUCACUGUACACCUUACUGUAGAGGGUUUUACCUUUUUCCAGAUACUCUUUGUGGACCAUGGCAAUCCCACCAGAUACAAAGCAUGAACUUUUUGUUAGUUAAAUUGCACUUUGUGGCGCUGCCGACAGCCUCACUGGUCACAGACCAACCCCAUUUUAGGCCUGUAUUGUUAAUGUAAAUCAAGUUUUCAUCACAAGUGGCGAUCUGGCUCAAAAUUUGUCUUUGCGUUGAUAGAGCAGAUUAGUGCAUGUCUGUCCUUAUCUGCUUGCGUCAGGCCAUGUGGCACCCAGUGAUUGCACGUGUACGUUCAGUGUAGUAAGUUAAUGUGAUGCAUAGUGUGACUAAUGGACAGGGUAUGAAUGUCUAACUCCUUAGCAAGGUUUCAAGUGCUUACAUACUGAUCUUCUACAAGUUCUUGCAAACAGGCCUCUUCAACAUCACUAGGCCAGCCAGAGUGCUCUGCUUUUUGAAUGUCAAAGUCCUUGUUUUUGAGCAUCUGGUAUCAAAUCUUCGCAGUGUCAUAUGAUACAACAUUAGUACCUAAAGCUGUACACAUGAUUUGAUUACAUUCUGUAGCUGACUUUUUGCAACAGAACUGGAAGUAAAUGAUAGUUUUAAUCUGGUAGCAUGAUAGUUCCAUUUCAGACACUUUGUGCUUAAUGAUAAUGAUAUUUUUUUACAAAUUUCACAACACAGUGCUCUGAAACAAGUCUCUUUCAAAUGCCAAAAAUCAUUUGACAAAAUGUGAUAAAACUUGGCAAUGUGAACUGUUUGCACAGAUGAUAUUUGCAGUGGCAGGAAACUUUCGUUAAAACCUGAUAUUCCUAAGUGUACUUUAAUGUUUUAUGAUUACUCAAAUCUGCUGUUGUUGCAGACAAAUUGUAAUGAAUAUACUGAUAAAGCCUUUUAAAGUGCCUACCAGCAAACUAUGUUUAAAAUUUUAAGAUGUAUUUUUGUAUUUAUUUAUCUUUCUCAUAGUAUGUUAGUGAAUUAAAAUUAAUGUAUUUGUAAAUCAGCGCUGGGCAAAAAAUCCAAAAUGUUGUAUUUUCAGUGUAAAGUAUGUUUGUAUUUUAAAAUGUACUUUAGCAAAAUACAAAAUGCAUUUCUAUUUUUUAUGGAGUUUUUAAUUUGUUCUUAACUUUAUUUAAUCAGGUGCUUAAGAUGAAAAUAAAAAUAAAGGAUUGAUUAGAAAGAAGGAAAAAUAUUGAAUAAUAUUUUUGUACUCCUAAAAUCUACUUGCAAAGAAGUACUGCUAUACAAAUGAAAUAUUGUGUGCCAGAAAUGCUGUUUACCCUAGGUUGGUUUGGGAGGGAUGUAGAGUAAAAUUAUGAGACAGCUAAUGUUUUAGUGUUGCAGUCACUUGCAUCUUCACAAAAUUGAUGCACAGAUGAUGAGUGCUGAAGUCUGUCUGCUACAGUUAUGUCAGUAUGAUAAUUUAAGUCAUUAUUAAUAAAAAUAACUUAUGUGGGGAUACUUUUAAAUAGAUAUAUAAUAAAACUUUUAUUGCAGCCUUU